AUGUGUCGCAUUGUUCGUCCUGAAAAUGUUAUUUCACUUAUUUUAUCUAAUGAUGACGAAACGCCAGGUCAAAUCGAACUAUUUCUCUCUUUGUUUGACACCCGCCAAUUCAUUCGACUUCGUUCACUAACUGUUUUUGCAAUCGAGGAUGACAAUCUAAACAGAAUUCUGAAUCAUGCAAUUCACAAUUCUCUCAUCUCACUAUCAAUUGAACGAUCACAUUCUUCAAAUCAUCCCAGCACUACCUUAAAUAUUCUGUCAUCAGCUAUGUCACGACCUACUUUGCGAAAAUUUAAGUGUACAAUUGAUUGGUUGUUAUCUGAUAGUUUUAUUUGGCCUAGAGAAUCCAAUAUAAAACAUCUGACAAUUGAUCGUUGUACGUACAAACAAUUUUGUACUAUUCUUCGUCAUUUGUCACAGCUGCGAACUAUCGUUCUGCGCAGUUUCAAUCUAGACAUUCAUAAUGAAUAUGAGUAUCAAUCGACGUCAUAUCCACAACUAAUAUCGUUAUCAAUGGGACGACUGUUCUUGUCAAUGGACAAAAUCGAGUCGUUUCUUUGUCUAACGCCUUCGCUUGUUCACUUAAGACUUGAAGGCUCUGCAGAUGAUGCCAUAUUCAAUGGUUCCAGAUGGGAAAAAUUAAUUCGAGCGAAAUUACCGUCACUGAAUCGAUUCGAUUUUUGCUUUCGUUCACAAAACCGUCGUGUGAUUGAAUUGAGUGCAAUUCAAUUUCGAACACCAUUUUGGCUCAACGAAAAACAUUGGCCUGCCAAUUGCGUCUAUGACGAUAUAAUGGAAGAAGUUCUUCUAUGUUCUACACCAGAUCUUAUAACCAGGCUUGAAUAUAAUUUUAAUGGUCCCGUUGUUAUUUCCACUACAAUUCAGAAUAUUUGCAAUGGACAAUCUAGUCAAUACUUUUUUCGUCGAAUAGUCGAACUCGAACUUUCUCAAUAUCUACUGGAUUCAUUGCAUUUUACUUCGAAAUUAGUCGAUUUUUCUCAAGUCAUGGAACUUCGAAUUCUACUUUCGGAUCGCCAAAAAUUCAUUUCGAAAACACAAGAGCAAUUGAUCAAUCUCUUAAAAGAAACAAAUCAUAUUCGUUCGCUUAAAAUAUUUUUUGAACACGGCUUUAUAAUUGAUUUUUUAUUAAUUGAGAACAUUUGUUCGUUAGUACCGCAUCAUGUCAAACAUUUGGAUAUCGAAGCAAAGACAUUGGCUGACAUUUAUUUGAUAAUUGAACGAUUGCAACACUUGUCGAGUAUCACAUUUCGAAGACUACCUUUUUCGUUACUUCCCGUAACUGAAUGGAACACACAAUUGAAACGAGAUGUAGCAUAUAGAUAUAAUCAAGAUGCUCUACAUAUUUGGCUCGACAAAUCACCUACGGAAGGAAAUCGAACCGAAACUUUCGAGAAGGCAAGAUGUUUGUGUGAUACAUUAAAGGUUUAA